AUGUCGCUGUCGCCAGGCUGCGUGGAUCGCAUCCUAAAGUCGGUAGGGGGCGCUGAGACCGUGCUGAAGAACGGGGCGUACUGGGGCGCGUGGAUGACGGACCCACAGCAGUCACGUGACGACCAGGGAGACAAGUUUUGGAUCAUGCCGCAUUUUGAAGGUUUGCACGUGGAAGGAUACAAGACCCUCGACGAUGUGAAGUGGCGCCGCGACCCCACCUCGUACGAACUGCCGAAUUACUACGAGGGCACGGGUCACGUGGUGUACAACGGUUCUCUGUACUACCACGCGGCCGGGUCUCGCACCAUCGUCAAGUACGACCUCAACUCUCGCAAAGUCUCGGCGACCACCAACAUCCCCAAACUCGGGUACCGCAGUCCCAAGUACCUGUACAAGUACGACUACUCGUACGUGGACCUGGCGGUGGACGAGCACGGUGUGUGGGUGAUCUACGCCAGCCCGGAGAGCGACGGCAACAUCGUGGUCGCGCUGCUGGACGCCAAGACGCUCCGCGUGGUGAGAACGGUCAUGACGAACCACAUGAAGAACUCGGCGGGCGAGGCGUUCGUCACGUGCGGCGUGCUGUACGCCACGCGCAGCCCGUACGAGGCCGACACCCUGGUGGACUACGCCUACGAUCUGUUCUCCGAGACGGAGCUGAACGUCGGCGUGCCGUUCCAGACCGCGCACGGCAUGCUAGUCAUGCUGUCCUACAACCCUCGGGAGCAGGUCCUGUACGGCUGGGAUAAAGGCUAUCUCGUCAGAUAUCCACUCAACUUCUGAACACGUUCCCUGGGUGCCAGACAAGUUUACGGGCCGCUAACCGUUUCCAUCGGCAGCCAGAAGCCCUUCGCCCGCAGACCUAAAUUACCGCUGCGGUGGAAUUGAGCACGUGGGGAGUAUUCGGCCCUUGUAGGGCCAGCCGGGCUAGCUCCCUGGCCGUAGCGGUAAUUUAGA